AUGGCAACUUAUCGAGAAUUUAUUCUACAAAAUGAAGAGCGUGACGGUGUGCGUUUUACAUGGAAUGUUUGGCCAUCAACUCGUAUCGAAGCAACACGACUUGUUGUUCCACUUGGUUGCUUAUUUACACCAUUAAAAGAACGUUUAGAUCUUCCACCACUAAAUUAUGAUCCUGUAUUAUGUACACGAACAACAUGUCGAGCAAUAUUGAAUCCAUUUUGUUGCGUUGAUUAUCGAUCAAAAAUUUGGAUAUGUAAUUUUUGUUUACAACGAAAUAGUCUUCCAACGCAAUAUGCUGGAAUUAGUGAACAAUUACAACCAGCUGAGCUCUCACCACAUUAUACAACAAUAGAAUAUACAUUGAUGCGUGCACCGGUGCAACCAGCUGUAUUUUUAUUUGUAGUUGAUACAUGCAUGGAUGAAGACGAUAUGAUAGCAUUAAAAGAAUCAUUACAAAUGGCAUUAAGUUUACUACCAACAGAUGCUCUGGUUGGUUUAAUAACAUUUGGUCGAAUGGUACAUGUGCAUGAACUUAAUUGUGUAGGUAUGACACGUAGUUAUAUGUUUCGUGGAACGAAAUACCUAACGGCAAAACAAGUUCAGGAAAUGCUUGGUUUGACAAAACAACAGCAACCGAAUCCAACAUAUAAUAAAUUUAUUCAACCAGUAUCGGCAUGUGACAUGUCAUUAACAGAUCUUCUUGGUGAUCUUCAACGUGAUUCAUGGCCAGUACAGUUAGGAAAACGUCCAUUACGAUCGACAGGAGCUGCACUUUCAGUUGCUAUUGGUUUACUUGAAACUCUUUAUCCAAAUACGGGUGCUCGUUUAAUGUUAUUUAUUGCUGGUCCAUGCACACAAGGACCAGGCAUUGUAGUCGAUGAAGAAUUCAAGCAUCCUAUUCGUUCACAUCAUGAUAUUGAAAAAGAUAAUGCAAAAUAUAUGAAAAAAGCAAUAAAGUUUUAUGAAGGUUUAGCAAAUCGUGCAGCUAUUAAUGGACAUGUCAUUGAUUUGUAUUCAUCAGCAUUAGAUCAAACUGGUUUGCAUGAAAUGAAAUAUUGUUCAAAUUAUACAGGUGGUCAUAUGGUAAUGAGUGAUGCAUUCAAUACAUCGCUAUUUAAACAAACAUUUCAAAAAGUAUUUGCAAAAGAUCAGAAAAAUGAAUAUCGAAUGAAUUUUGGAGGAGCUAUAGAAGUUAAGACAAGUCAUGAACUUAAAGUAUGCGGUGCUAUUGGUUCAUGUGUUUCAUUAUCACAACGUGCAGCAAAUGUUUCGGAAAUUGAAUUAGGUAUUGGUGGAACAAAUGCAUGGAAAAUCUGUGGAAUAUAUCCAACUUCGACUUUGUCGCUAUUUUUCGAAGUAGUAAAUCAACAACAAGAAUCUCCCCAGACGCCAUCAACUGGUCGCACAGGUUACAUACAAUUUAUAACGCAAUAUCAACACUUAUCUGGAUUUCGAAAAGUUCGCGUGACAACUUUGUCAAGAAGUUUCAUUGAUGCCGCAUCAAAUAUACCAGCAAUGACAGCUGCAUUUGAUCAAGAAUGCGCUAGUGUCACCAUGGCUCGUAUCGCUGUUCAUAGAGCCGAUACGGAAGAAGGCGUUGAUGUACUUCGUUGGUUAGAUAAAACAUUAAUUCGACUCUGUCAAAAAUUUGCAAUUUAUGAAAAAGACAAUCCAGGCUCAUUUCAAUUAGCCGAUACAUUUACGCUCUAUCCACAAUUUAUGUAUCAUUUACGUCGUUCACAAUUUCUUCAAGUAUUUAAUAACAGUCCUGAUGAAACAGCAUUUUAUCGACAUUAUUUAAUUGUUGAAGAUCUUACUCAAUGUCUAGUUAUGAUUCAACCUAUUCUUUAUGCAUAUUCAUUCAAUGGCCCACCAGAACCUGUACUUCUUGAUAGUAGUAGUAUAUUGCCUGAUCGUAUACUUUUAAUGGAUACAUUUUAUCAUAUAUUAAUUCAUCAUGGUGAAAAUAUAGCACAAUGGAUUAAAGCUGGCUAUCAAGAUUUACCUGAAUAUGAGAAUUUCAAACAACUUUUACAAGCACCUGUAGAUGAUGCAACAGAAAUUCUGCAAAAUCGUUUUCCUAUGCCGCGUUAUAUUGUUACUGAAGCUGGUGGAUCACAAGCACGAUUUCUUUUGUAUAAAGUAAAUCCAUCUCAAACACAUACAAAUUGUACAUGGGGACAAGGUAUUGCUGCGCCGAUUCUGACUGAUGAUGUCAAUUUACAAACAUUUAUGGAACAUUUAAAGAGACUCGGUGCGUCUUCAUCAACGUAA